CCCGCGGUGUUCCCCGGCUGGCGCGGCGGGUCGCCACCCCUUCUCUCCGCGGGGGUUGCUCGGGGCAGCUCCGCCAUGGAGGCGGGGACACCGGGGGGAGUCAGUGUCCAAGAUGAGGCUGUGGACAAAAGCAACUUUAAGAAAUGCAACCAGAUUGCUUUUUACAGGCGUCAGAAACUUCUACGUCCUGGAAAAUCCUUGUAUCGAGUUUUGUUGGAUUCAGUCACAUUAAGUGAUGAGAAUGUCAAAUUCCAAAUCAUUCACGAGGAGAAUAAGGUUCUUCUACAAGUAGAAAUUUAUGAAAUAGAAGGCAAUAUUUUCAGACUUAAAAUUGAUGAGGCAUCUCCUCUCAAAACAAGAUACAAAGUUCCUGAUGUUCUUAUAAAGGAACCUACCGCCCAGAGACUGUUCAUAUCCCACAAGGAGGCAGGUAUUUUGGUACUGUCAAGUGUUAAUGAGGACUACAAACUUCAAGUCACAGCAAACCCCUUCCAAGUUGAGCUGCAGUCCAAGGGUGAGACUGUUAUGAGUGUGAAUUCCAAUGGUUUGUUGUAUUUUGAGCACCUACAACCACCUCCCAGUGACAGAAAACCUACAGCACAAAAUGAGGAGGCAGCAAGUGAUUCCUCUAAGGAAAAACAAGAGGAUCUAGAUCUCUGGCAAGAGAAAUUUGGCAGUUUCUUAGACAUCAAAGCUCAUGGUCCUACUUCUGUAGGCAUGGACUUCUCUUUACAUGGAUAUGACCAUGUUUAUGGAAUACCACAACACACAGAAACACUUCUUCUGAAAAACACCAGUGAUGGCGACGCCUACCGGCUUUAUAAUUUGGAUAUUUUCGGCCACAAGAUACAUGACAAAAUAGGUAUUUAUGGUUCAGUACCCCUUCUCUUAGCACACAAGCCUAACAGAACUUCAGGGAUCUUCUGGCUGAACUCUUCAGAAACACUGGUGGAUAUUAGUACAAAGGCAGUAGCUGAGCACACUCCAUCCAGAUCUGCUGCAGAAACUGCUAAGCAGAGAGCAGUGCCUCUAACUGAUGUUUGCUGGAUGUCAGAAAGUGGGAUCAUUGAUGUUUUCCUGCUGAUGGGACCCACUGCGUUUGAUAUCUUCAAGCAGUUUGCACAACUGACAGGCACUCAAGCCUUGCCCCCACUUUUUUCUCUGGGCUACCAUCAGUGCAGGUGGAAUUACGAGGAUGAACAAGAUGUCAAGGCAGUGGAUGCUGGCUUUGAUGCACAUGACAUUCCUUAUGAUGUCAUAUGGCUGGAUAUAGAGCACACAGAUGGCAAGAGGUAUUUUACUUGGGACAAAAAGAAAUUCCAGAACCCCAGAAAGAUGCAAGAACAUCUCAGGAAGAAAAAACGCAAGCUUGUGGUCAUCGUAGAUCCUCAUAUUAAGGUUGAUCCCUCAUAUACCCUGUAUGCACAGGCAAAAGAAAAGGGAUAUUUUGUGAAAGACAGGAAUGGGCAAGAUUUUGAGGGCAUCUGUUGGCCAGGUUCCUCUUGUUACCUGGAUUUCACCAAUCCUGAAGUGCGAAAAUGGUACGCAGAUCAAUUUGCCUUCAAAACAUACAAGGGAUCCACUAAUAUCCUCUUUGUAUGGAAUGAUAUGAACGAGCCUUCGGUCUUCAAGGGGGCAGAACUAACAAUGCAGAAAGAUGCUGUGCACUACAACAACUGGGAGCAUCGGGAAGUACACAACCUCUACGGAUUCUACCAGCAAAUGGCAACUGCAGAAGGACUCAUCAGACGUUCUUCAGGAAAAGAGAGACCUUUUGUCCUCACACGAUCUUUCUUUGCUGGAUCACAGAAGUAUGGGGCAGUGUGGACUGGAGACAACAAAGCAGAGUGGAGUUAUUUGAAAAUAUCCAUUCCAAUGCUUCUUACUAUCAACAUGGCAGGGAUUUCCUUCUGUGGAGCUGAUGUGGGAGGGUUUAUUGGAGAUCCAGAGCCAGAGUUACUUGUUCGCUGGUAUCAGGCGGGAGCCUACCAGCCGUUCUUCAGAGGUCACUCUAACAUGGAGAGCAAACGGCGCGAACCGUGGCUCUUUGGGGAGAAGAGCACCCAGAUCAUCAGGAGAGCCAUUAGAGAGCGCUACGUCCUCCUGCCCUACUUAUACACUCUGUUCUAUCGGGCACACACGGCAGCUGAACCCGUCAUGAGGUCUCUCUGGAUAGAGUUUCCAGGGAAAAUGGAAACUUUUGAUGUGGAAAAUGAGUACAUGCUGGGAAAUGCUUUGUUGGUACAUCCAGUCACAGAGAAAGAGGCCAAGACAGUGACAGUUCUGUUUCCAGGGUCAGAGGAGAUUUGGUACGAUUUCAGAAAAUUUAAGCGAAUGGAAGAUGCGGGCACAGUGAAGAUCCCAGUAACACUGGAGAAUAUUCCUGUAUUCCAGCGAGGAGGCACUGUGAUACCUCUGAAGACCUCAGCUGGAAAAUCCACUGAAUGGAUGAUAGAUAUUUCUUAUGAACUCCACGUGGCCUUAGAUGCAGAGGCCUGUGCCAUAGGUGAGCUCUAUGUUGAUGAUGGGCAUUCAUUUCAAUAUCUCCACAAGAAGCAGUUCCUGUAUCGGAAAUUCACUUUCCACAAGAACAUUCUCUCUUCCAGCUGUGUAGAUGAAAGCGGACAAUACCACACUACAUGUGUAGUUGAACGGGUGAUAAUUCUGGGAUUUGGAAAGCAACCCACUUUUGUGACAGCCAGUGCCAAGGGUGGAAAAAAAAAAGAAGUGAUUUUCACAUAUGAUACGAAGACCUUUGCGCUGACACUGGAAAACUUAGCCCUGGGUGUUGAUGCUGACUGGGAGAUCUGUAUCAGCUGAAAGAAGAUGCAACUUCUUCUGAGAAACUGUCCGUUGAGAGGCUGAGGAGAAAUAAACUGGGAGGACUUCAGAUGUUCACUUGAAUCCAAUUAAAUCAACAAACAUAUUUUCCACCAAUACAUCCAAACUAACAUUUCUUUUAAAGCACCAAUUUGGACUUGGAUAAAUUUUCUGUUCAGCAAAAGUAAUAGCACUAGGAUUGUAUCUUUGGGGAAAUAAGCUAAAUACUAUUUGCAUUAGGCUUGCUUCAGUUAGGCAUUAAGCUUCAGUUCUGCCUUCACUCGCAAUAAAAAAUUAUGAGUUGGUGGGGUGAGAUUGUGGCUUGUUGGCACAGGCCUAAAUGUAAGUAUUUGAAAAUCAUACUGUUCAGAGGCUGUUGCACUUUUGGAGAUCUGGGCCAGUUCAACAAGCAGCAUCAGCAAGUAUGUAAGGCACAGGUUAUCACCAGAGUUCUGCCUGCCAGCUGCCUUCUGAAAACAAACACAGAAGGAGCCACCCAGUGUGAUCACAGACACUUCUGCUUUCCAGUCCUUAUAGCAACGCAAAAUUAGCUGGUCUGCACGCGAAAGUAAACAGCAGGCUGGCCAAAGAGCUCAGGCACUGGAGGGGAGGGUUGGGUAGCUUGUGCCAUUCGUUUGUGCAAUAAGAGAAGACAGUAAUGUGGUGGUGCAGAAGGCUCCCUAACAGCCAGCUUUGAAACUUGGAUUUCAAAAAGGCACAGGUACUACUUAAAAAAAAAGUUUUCUGUUAGGAAAGAAUUGGCAUUGAUGAUUGAAUGUCAUUGAUUCAAGGCAGCCCAGUGAAGGAGUUAUGCUUUCCCAGAUCUUCCAAGUCCUGCCAAGUUUUUGCUUCCUUUAGAAAAGUUUUAGUCAUGUCACUUUUUAGUAUCUGGCUGAGAUUUGAGCUAGGCAUUUAUGAAGCAGAAUUUCAUUUUAAUGGGAUUAAUUCUGCGUGCAGGCAUCCCACUUUCUCUUACAACUCAGCCUAAUGUUCCCUUGCCUUCUUUUCCCACUAUCUCUGCAAACAGAACUGGUAUGUUUUGAUGCUUGCUUUGCUUGCAAACAGAGACAUCCUGAGUCUCACAUCCAUUACAUCCUGCCUGUUCCCUCAGGCUUUUCCAUCUUAGGCAUCUCUUUUCACAGGCUGCCAUUGCUCCACAGAGUUUGUUUACCUUUCUAUUUGCUAAACUUGUCAGCUAUAUUAUUUUCAAACCAGUUCUGCUUUGAGUCAAAUCUGAACAUGCCAUCAGUUGGGUUUCUGGUUUUUCCGGAAUUCUAGUUAAUUUAAUUCCUUUUAGUAAGAUAAGGAAGUAUUUUCUAAAGACAUCAGUAAAUUAACUCAUAGGAAACAGAGAAGGAUGGUCACCAUUUUUGCCAGCUAAAGGUAACAUAACAUUACUAAUCCCCCCUGUCAUUCCCACCUGCUGCUGUUUGUCCUGCAGGGCAGAUUUCUGGGAACAGCAAGCAGGAGGGCAAACUAUGAGUGCUCUUGACUACUCAAGUGUAGUUUGUUCCCCACCAGACCCUUAGCUUCCUUCUUUUAUAUUCUGCAGAGCUAUUUGUCAGCACCUUCCAGGAGACAGUGUGAGCCUCCACUCCAGGAACUGGCAGUAUGAAUACUGUUGUGCUUAAUGCAAAUGUGUUAAUCCGGGUAGAACAGCAGCAAAGAGAUCUUUUGCAUCUGUGAAAAGAGAGACAGACCCUAUCUUUCUAUCAACUUCUAAGCUUUGAUUGAUGAUUUCUUACUGUGUUUUAAGUAUAGCAGUGCUUCUGACAGGAUAUAGUUAUUGUCUUGGGUAAUUUAAUAAAAUAUUUUAACUGCUAUUUCUCAAAUUGGAAAGUGAAAUAAAGUAACAAUGAAGCAAGUUA